CCGCGAAGGAAAGAAGUUGCCAGCUGCGGUCUGAGGCGAAAGGACGGCGUCCGUUGUGUCUUUGGCGAGCUGUGGAGGCGUGUUUCUCCCGCAUUUCGGCGGCUCCUGCGAACGACCGGAGAAACAAGCUGUUGCUUUUCUUCAGUAUGGACGUGACAGGAACAUUCUUCAACAAACUGCGAACUUUGGCAGUCACUUUGGAGAAGCAGGCUAACCAUUUUAAGCAAAUUUUACUCGAAGAUGAAGAAUUUGAAGAUGAUUCUCCAAUGAGAUAUCUACAUGAACUGUACUCUGAAGCUAGAAUACUAAAGGCUGAUGCUGAUAAUAUUCUACAUACAAGUUCUUCAGAAAGAGAUGCUACAUACGACUUCAUAAAGGCCACCAAAGUUCUGAUGAAGAGAAAUGCAACCAAUCUUGAAAAAAUAAGAGAUCUCUUUCAGAAAUACGGUCACAAGCCACUUAUAGGCAAGAAUGAAGCCAUAAAGGUUGAUGAUGAAAUCAACGCCGGAUCAGCUUUAUCUGAUCAAAUAGAGCCAAAACCUCCUGAUUUUCUUCAAAAAUCAUCUGGAUCUCAUAAUCUCCUGGAAACUCCUCAGCUAUCAGAUUUUGGGCUUUCAAAAUAUGCCUUUCCAAGUUCUUCGGACACAACACACAUUCCACAUAGCCAGAAGGAAGAGGUGAAAGGGGAUCCAUCUGAAUAUUUGUUACCCAAAGUAGAAUAUUUCAAUAUCCACGGGCGUGAUCUGUCUGUAAAUGAUGAAACCACAAAUUUAAUGGAUGACCAAACAAUCUUUUUGCUUAAUAAGGCAAGAAAAAAUAGAUCAGCAGGGGCGAUGGUGUCAAAUCAGAAUCUGGCAGCACUCAGGCAAUCAAAUGAAGUAUGUGGUUAUGAUAGUUUUGCUUCACCUGCUGCACCUAACUUCUGCACACCUGGAGUGAAAAUUCCCCACAGAAAGACCACUGUUUUAUCAGAGUCUCCAGAAAGUAAUCAUUUGGAUGCUCCUAAACACACAACAGAAUUACCUCCACCUGAUACAAAAUCUCAGCAAAUACAACCUCUGCAUGUAAGUGCUCCUAAGAUACUGCCAGAUAAUAAUCUUAUAAAAGACAGUGUUCAACCUGUCCUGGAUUCAGACAAAUAUCUGAAAUGUACUGAAGAACCUCCUCCUCCAGCAAUGCCAGUAUAUGAGGACCUCUUCAGUUCACUAUUACCACCGCCUGAAAUAACUGUGAUUCCAAACAACCUCUUGCAGAUUUUAUCCCGGUACAAUCCAAAUAUAAAAGUACCCAGGUCAGCUGCGAAAGGAAUUAAAGAAGAAAAUGCUUCACAAUUUGAAGAAAAGCUGUUUCUUUGUACUGAUAACAAAGAAAACAGAAAAUACUCUGGAUGAAAUGAAGACUAAAUCUGAAUUUUUUUCUUCGACUACCAGCCUAAAGGUUCUUUACUUUGUAAAGUAUAAAUGUUUAAUUUUAAACUAUUCAAUCAUUUUUACUCUCCUGUAAAAAUUAUCAAAAUAAAAUAAUGAACAUAAAUAUGACUAAAUAUCAUUUAUAUGCUGUCAGUUUAUUAAAUUAUUCAUAAUCAUGUUGUCUUUUUAAUCACUGCAGUUGUUAAAUGAAUCAUGCAGUUAAGUAAAUCGGGCUUCUCCCAUUGACUUUGUUUGUCAAAUAUAUGCCAGUUGCCAAGUGUCCAAAUUUGGAUCAUAUGACCAUAGGGAAACUGCAAUAGUCAUGUGAAAAUGGUCAUAAAUGACUUUUUCAGUGCUGUUGUUAACUUUGAAUUAUCACUAAACAAAUGAUUGUAAGUUGGGGACUACCUGUAUUUGUGUUUUAUUCCCAAAUUCAGUAUUUUAUCUGCCCUCAAGUGAAUAAAGCCGGGGUUUCUCUCCGAAGCCAAAGAUUAUAGCAGCUUUGAUAUAUAGAACCAGCGAAGAUGUAACUAAAGCAUAUUAGCACUUUAAUGCUCCAAUAAGGAACAGAAUAUUUUAAAUUGCUAGACCUACACCUAAUUCUUAUCAAAGAAAAUGUUACUAAGUAAACAUUAAUUGCUUCUAAUCAUUUGCCUAGUUAACAGAAAAUAGCUUCACCAGCAUUUAUCAAUUCCAGAAAAUAUAUUAGGGAUUAAAUUAAUAUUUUUGUGAAGCUAUUAGAGAAAAUAGAUGUUGUAAUUCGAUGUUUGAAUUAUUAGUAAAAUAGAAUUAUAGUCAAAAUAAUAUCCUAUGGGAAAUUUAGAAUUGUUUCAACAUUUUAGAAAGAAGUUUCCAGUACAGUUACAUUUUCAGACCACCUCCUAGAAAGAAAAGCAAAAAUGCAACAGUAAGAAUUAGCAACACCUUCUCAGAUAUAGACUCUAAUGCAGGGGUGUCACAAACUCGCAGCCCGGAUGCAUCCCAUGCUGGCCCCACCCCUGCCCGGUUUAGCAAAGGGGGAAAAAGUCUGGAUACAUCACGUGAUGACUCAAGUUUGACACCCCCUGCUCUAAUAUGAUUGGCAAGAGAUAUUAUGUUGUGACAUGUCAGACAUGCAGACUGUACUUACAGCCGAUAACCUAGGAAUCUCAGCAAUAGAUGAGAAAAUCCAGUGUUUUUCAGUUGGGGAGGGAAGUUAAACUGAGAUAAAAAGCUGACACAGGAGGAACUGGAGAACAA